AUGGCAGACGGAUUCGCUCACGUUGGAAAGGAAAACUGCAGUGAGCCGGCGAGAAGAGGCCAAGUCUCUGGUCCGUGCUCACAAUUCCAGAGAAGUUUCAUCCAGAGAGUAACGCUGCUGGGAAGGCUGCCCACCAGCUUUGUCCUCCAUCGUGAAAAGAAGCAGAAGGUUGCUGCUAUCCUGGGGAUUGACCAAGACACCAUGAAGUCUCUUCCAGAGGGAGACUUACAAGAUUGCCUGCUGAGUAAGGUGGACCUGAGGCGCCAGCAGAUUUCUCAGAGUGUGGAAGAGGUGCAGAAAAUUAUCCACCAUCUGACGACAGAGAUCAGCCACCAGGAUAGUCGAUUCCAAGCCGUGCCAGCCUCUAACACAUACAACGACAGCAUUAAGGUUUUGGCUCCCAGGCUGUUCCACGUCACAGUCCCACUGAAAGGCCUUGCGGGAUACAAGGCGGCCCGGGCACAGCGCUGGCGCUACUAUGACCUGCAGGGCACCAAGCUCACCUGCCCUCUGCGCGACCCCGAGGGCCUGCAGCAGUGGCUAGAGACUGAGCAGUUCAUGAAGACCCUGUGGCAGUGGCACCAGGCAGACGUGAACAUAGAGGGGGACAUCGUGCCUGCCAAAGUCCUCCAGGUGUUCCGGACACUGGUGGAAAACGCAGUGAGAACCUGUCACCUCUCAGGCAAGGUCAGCGUGCUAACCAACCGAGCUGCUGUUUGGGUUGCCAUGGAAACGUCCACAGGCCAGGUGGAGCUAGAGCUGGCCCCUACUGUGGAGAUCCCCACGGCCUGGUCUGAGAAAGCCCAGUGGCCUAGGUGUUUGAAGCGGUGGCCUCCCCCAGACAGAGUGGAGUGCAUCAAGUCAUUUGGGUUCAACCUGGUGGCCCGGUCCAGCUAUCACUGGCAGCUGAGUUUCCACCAGGCGGAGCAGAUGCUGUUGGAGCAGUUGGAUGAGGAUGGGGGCUGCCGCAAGCGGUGUUUUCAGGUCCUGAGGCAGCUGAAGGAGGAUGUGUGGUGUCCAGGGAAGAGGCCAGUCAUCACCACCCACCACCUGCAGACCGUGCUCUUCUGGACCUGUGAGAAAUACCCAAACCUCAAGGAUUGGCAGGUCUUCCACCAAGGGCUCCUGCGCCUGGCCCGGAAGCUGCAUAGAUGCGUGAGCCAGCACUUCCUGAAGCAUUAUUUUGUCCCAAAGAGCAACCUCCUUCAGUCAGCCAACCCGAGUGAGCUGGAUGCCAUGGCCCAGAAAGUGGCCUUCUUCCUAAAGAACCCGCAGGUCUCUUUGCCCUGAGGUGGCCCAGGGAGCCCUGGCUUCAUUCCCUUCUACUGAUCUUGUUCUCAGGGCAGUUCCUCUGCCAGCU